AUAAUGGACAGACUAAGCGAAAACUAUUACCUCAGGAAAUGCUACCUCGAGAAAAAUCAAGUGCCUACACAGAGUGUUAUAAAGAAAACGAUGACACCGUCGUUGGCAAAAGUGUUCUUCAAAUCUAUGACACACAAACACAAGGUACUGGCUGGCUUGGAACCGGUCCUAAAAGGGGGAGGCUAUGACUGGUAUGCACCUCCUGAAGAUCUCUUAAAGGGAAGAACUGUACUCAAGCCGUUGAAAAAGGAAUUUCUCUCAAAACUAGGCUUCAGAGGACUGGAAUACUACGGUGAAAUUAUACUCCAAUAUCAUUUUAAAAGACUCGAAGAGGAAAAACAAGGAGCUCUACUAGAGAGUGAUAUACAAUGGAAAAAGAGCAUCGAAGAAUUAUGUAAACAACAAACCGAAGAACUUUCAAAGAAAGCGGCCCAGAAAAAUUCUGAUAAAAUAAGAGAUGCAUUUCAUGAAUUUACAAUGUUGUAUACGACUUCAAUUAAUAAAAUCGAAAGUUUGUUAUUAAAUUCUGCCAUCGCAGAAAUAGAACGCGUUAAAGAGGAAGCGUUUUCAAAGAUGUCGAAUCAUUAUAAGACUUUGUUAAAACAACAAGCGACUAUGCUCUAUGACCGUUACACUGAAAAACUCGAAAAAAAGAAAUCUGAAUUAAAAGAACAAUUUAUCUCAAAAAUGGAGCAAUCGCGUAUGGAGUUAGGUAACAAAGUCCACGACAUAAAUGUAGAAAAGCAUAUCACUAUAGAAAAACUCCGACAGUUGCUCGAAUGUCAAAACCUCGCUUGUCAGAUUUACGUCGCUAUGAAAGAAAAGCAAGAAAAUGAAAAACUACUAAGCCAAGCCACAUAUGAACAUAAAAAAAUCCUUAAACUUUUAACUAAGGAAGUCGCCAGAAAAGAUGUCGAAAUUAAAAUAGAAAUAGAAAAGGAGGAAAGACGGGAAAGAUUCCAACAGAUAUGGAGAGAAAAAGUGUUUCAUGUGGUUAAAAAGUUCCAUGAGUUUAUUAGUUACUCUUUACAUACGUUACCUGAACAAGCCGACUUCCUAUUAAACAUAGAGAAACUUAUGUUAUUACAGAUAAGUGAAAUUCUUGAGAACCCAAACGCGGAGAGUCUGUUUGAGCCGGAAGAAGAAGAAUUCCACACUCCCGUACCUGAACUUCGACCCUUCUAUAUUUUUGGCGAUGACGGCUCUAAAGUAUCACUUGAUAGAGAUAUUUGCCCUAAACCUUACCGUUCUAGCUCUUCCCAUUUACCCGUCUUAGUUGUAAACAAAACAUGUAUUUAUGCCGCUUGCGAUAAUUUACAAGAAUUUGCCGAUAAAAUGGAACACUUUUUUGAUAAUGUAUGCACGAAAGAGCCAGACCUAACGGACAGCCACGAUAACACUUACGACGUACCCGUACAAUACAGACCAUCAGAACAACUGUUAGAAUUGAAGGAGCAGAGUUCUGUAAUGCAAAUACUGCAAAAAGAAAUGCCGAAUACAAAAAAUGUCCGAACGGAAUGUCUUUGCCCUUGUAAAUUACCUCAUUGCUUUUGUCACCAUUCUCUGGAACCGAUACCAUUUAUUGAUGAAACUAAAAGUGAACAGAUCGAGGAGCCGAAGCCAGUCUCUCAUCAAAAAGAGUUACCUAAAGAUAAAGAAUUAGUGCACAUUCGCGAACCUAAAUGGGAGAGCUAUUUUAAAUUUAUGAAACCUAAAACAUGUCAAUGCGCUAAAGUUGCAAAGAAAACUCUGCAAGAGCAUUUGCCAGCUUACAUGAGAAACAUGUCUACAUUCGAUUAUCCGGAUUUGCCAAAUUACGAACCAUGUUCUUUAAGAACCUUAAAAAAUAUUGUUAAGAGAGCAAAAGGAAAAACUAAACCGGUCGCAAUUCCAAAGAUUCCAGAACCUACCACGAGAGACGUCGAAACGCAGUAUUCUGAUAUCGAAUUUGAAUAUUUAUGUUCUUGCUUCGAUGCAAAACAAGCAAGAUCUAUCUUAAAUCAUAUAAUGAAAGCCGUUGAAAUUUAUACGGAACCAGAAAGAGGUUUCAAUAUAGACGGCUCUCUUCCGUCGGACUACCUGAUUCAACCCGUCGAAUCAUUCGUAAAGAGCCGAGCGCUCUCUUUGAGCAAUUUAAUGAAAGAAUCGCCAGAACUAAAGGAGAUAUUUAAAAAACAAAAAUGCCCAUCAGAUAUUGAAAAGUAA